AUUGCACAUUCUUCCCCUUCUGUGGAAGAAGGAGGGAUUCGAAUCUCAAUGCCGUCCAUCCAUCAUCCGCAGGUGACCAGUGUACAAUAACAGAGUGAACUUGACCUUGAAUCCUCCUCUUAAUUAAACAGGGGACAGGGAAUGAGAAGUGAAGACGCUGUAGGGAGAUUAUACCCUCCCAAGCUUUUUCAUUGCUGCAAGUCCGACUGAACUCCUUAGACAAACAAGUCUUCCAUGGGCUUGGCGCAUGGCAGAAGCCAGUCCAGUGCGAUAUUCCAACAAAAAGAAAGUAAAUACCGUCCAAAAUACUGGUACGGGUGCCUAAAGAAGGACCUUUCUUCUAUAUGCCGGUGGAUCCCUUGGUCGUUGGUUCCAUUCUCCGCUGGGUGGACUUAUAUACAUAUGGACAUUGGAGGUCGCUGCUCCUGUCUGGUUAAUUGGAAUUCGCUUCUUAUUCCCUCCCUCCAUCGAAUUCCUCCCUUAUGAUUCGGCAAUUAGGCAGCACAAGAUCUGAUUUUGCAGCUUCCCAACUAGAGAUGGAAGAAAGAUGAGAUUGUAAACAUAGAAAAGCGAGAGAGGCUGUGAACGGUCGGUCAGAGCCUCAGAGGGCCCUAGCGAGUAGAGGAGGCAACAGGAAGAGUGGAAGGCAGAGAAGGGGCAAAAAUGGCAAAAAAGGCAAAAAUGUCUACGUUGUGUGAGGGCGGCGUACUGUUUUGGGUAGUUUCGUAAUAGUGGAUUAUAUUUUUUUUAGUAAUUUUGUCAAAGGAAAAGAUUACGUCGGUAAUUUUGGGUAAUCAAAUCUUGCAGAGUUUUCCCCGGAAGAUAUAUCAAUCUAGGGAUUAUCUUCAAUUUUCAUCUCUCUAAUCCUCGUAUCCGGAAUCCCCAAUUCCCUUCCCUUGAGAGAGAAGAUAGAUCUUCCCUUCAUUUCCUGAAAAGUCAAAUUUAAAUGGUCUGGUUGUUGCCUUCAUUUUAAAAUUAGAAUUAAGACCUCCCCUUGUCCCGGACUCCCUCCGGUAUACUCCAUCAUCAUCUUCCAUUCUCCAUCUAUAGAAGCAAACCAGAAGCCAAAGACGACAUCACAACGACAAGAAGAAAUAUAGAAUCAAUCCCCCCCCCCCUCCUCGUUUGCUCGUUGACAUACACGUCCAGGCCGUCUCCAGGUCCAGGCUCUGAGAAAUGGUCCGUGGCUGGUUGACUGGUGCGAGGAAAGUUGUUAACCAAAGAAAAUCUUUGCACAAGUUCUGGAGCUCACAUUUCUCCAGAAGAGUCAAUUUUUAGUCACCCGUUCCAGAGUCCGUUUCUCAUGCCACCCCCUCCACAGCCACAGCCACAGCCACACCACAUUCCUAAAUUUUGCCGUCUAUAUAUCUAAGAUCUAGUACUAAUUCUGGAUGAAGGUAUCAAAACGUAAAAUCUAGAGAAAUAAAUGUGAGAGAUGACUCCCGCUGGAGUAGCAAGACCGCUAGGAGGUUGUAACCCGUCAGGGCUUAAAUAUGGUGCUACUUCACAUUCACAGUCGAUGUUAGGGGUUGUGAAUUUUCCCCACUACAAUGACGUUCGCUUCGACAGGAGGUUUAAGAGUUGGUCUCUCUCCCUCUCCUCCGUCUUCUCCGGUCCCAAAUCCAAGUUUUCUCCGUCGGUCAAGGCUGUUAGUGACUCCAACAUGGCUUAUGUCAACGGCAAGGUGGGUACCGAGAUUCCUGCUGGUUGGCCUGAUUCCCAAGAACCAUCCGAAAAUGACCAUCCUCGAGCUGGACUAGUUUCUGGGAAACGUCACCAUGUGAUUUCGACUGUUGGGAAUUCAACAAACAUCAUGUGGCAUGAAUGCUCAAUUGGGAAAAUUGAAAGACAAAAACUACUUCAGCAGAAAGGAUGCGUUAUAUGGAUCACGGGUCUCAGUGGUUCAGUUCGUCGAGAGGAGAGCUUGAGACGAGCAACUUGCAGGAAAAGUACUGUGGCAUGUGCUUUGAGUCGGGGUUUGUAUAAUAGAGGAAAGUUGUCCUACCUCCUUGAUGGUGACAAUAUUAGGCAUGGCCUUAACCAAGAUCUCAGUUUUGCAGCAGAAGACCGUGCAGAAAAUAUACGAAGGAUUGGGGAAGUAGCGAAGCUCUUUGCAGAAGCUGGUAUUAUUUGCAUUGCCAGUCUGAUAUCUCCUUACCAAAGGGACCGGGAUGCAUGCCGUGCAUUAAUGACUGAUGGAAAUUUUGUAGAGGUCUUCCUAGAUGUGCCAUUGCAAGUAUGUGAGGCCAGGGAUCCAAAGGGCCUGUACAAGCUUGCUCGUGAAGGAAAGAUCAAAGAUUUUACCGGUAUCGAUGAUCCAUAUGAGCCACCUUUGAAUUGUGAGAUAGUAUUACGGCACGGAGGAGCUGGUGCUUCCCCUUGUGAGAUGGCUGAAAAAGUGAUAUCCUACUUGGAGGAGAAGGGGUUCCUGCAUGCGUGAGUACUUGCAUUACAAAGAAAGCUGCGUAGUCCUUAGCCUGUGAAGCUGCCCUUUUAAUUGUAUAGGAUUGCAAUAAAGAUGACCAAGUUAUAUCUGUCCCUGAUUCUUCAAUUGCUCUCUGGUUCUUAAUCGAUUAAUUCAUGUUUUUCCUGUCUGUUGAAUGCUUCAUUGUUCUGUGCAGCGUUAUUAUUUUGAAUGUAAAUGAAAGGUGGAAUUGGUUUGAUUGAA